UGUUAUCAUCCCUAUGUUGUACAUAUCAAGUCAAUGGGCCCUGGAACAAAAUCCGUCUGAUCUGCUGCAGGUUAGCUCCGCGCUCCGGCUAAUGUUAGCAGCGCUGGUAGCUGGCUAGCUCUUCGCUCGCUGAAGCGUGUCUGGAGUUCAUCUCUAUUGUGUUUCUAAUUUCCUCAUCCACCAACAUUCUGCUUCAUCUUGGGCCAGCUGUUGUUUUCCAGCACCUCCCUACACUAUGGGUUUCUUGUCCGCUCCUUGUUCAGGAUGUCGAGUCACAAUCCACUGAUGAGGCUGGAGCAGCGAGCAGCCGAGGCUGACCAGAUUAUUGAGUACCUCAAACAGCAAAUCCAGUUGCUAAAGGAGAAAGCCAUUGUCCAGGCCAGUGUGAGAGAAGAAAAGAAGCUGAUGGUGGAGAAUGCCAAACUGAAGAGUGACAUCGAGGAGCUGAAAAAAGUGCUGCUGGAGAAGGAGAAGGGGCGGGGAGUGCGAGACAUCCCCAUGCCUUCAGGUGAGGCUGGUGUUGAAUGCAGUUCUCAGCCCAUCCCUCCUCAUCCCUCUGGUCAAUCCUCUUCUGCUUCCACUGCUGCUGUCCAGAGCACCCCACCUAAAGAUGAAAGCAAAAAGAAGAAACCAGAGAAAAAAGGAGAAAAGAAGCAGGCAGUCCCCACUCAGGAUGCUGUCAGUGUGGACGCGUCUCGUCUGGACCUGCGUGUCGGCCGUAUAAUCACUGCUGAGAAGCAUCCAGACGCUGAUACUCUCUACGUGGAGCAAGUCGAUGUGGGAGAGGCUUCUCCGAGGACGGUUGUUAGUGGACUUGUCAAUCAAGUACCAGUGGAUCAGAUGCAAAAUCGCAUGGCAGUUCUACUUUGUAACCUGAAACCAGUAAAAAUGAGAGGAGUGAUGUCUCAGGCUAUGGUCAUGUGUGCCAGUUCACCAGACAAAGCUGAAAUCCUUGACCCACCAGCUGGAGCAGUACCUGGAGACAGGAUUACCUUCCAGGGCUUCCCAGGUGAACCGGACAAAGAGCUAAACCCAAAAAAGAAAGUGUGGGAGCAGAUAAAGCCAGACUUGCUCACAGAUAGUCAAUGUGUUGCAACAUACAAGGGAGCCGCUUUUGAAGUCACCGGCAAGGGAGUGUGCAAAGCCCAAACCAUGGCCAACAGUGAAAUCCACUAAAAUCACAGCUGCUUUGAGAAAAAACUAAAUUAAAAAGCCCUGUUCUCACUCUGCGUUCACCUUUAGCACUUGUCAGGAUGUUGAGAAACAAAAUGAUGAGGAAUGCGAGUAAAUACUUUGAAGAUGUUCAAUAAAUGGGUUUAUAUUGGUUGAUUAAAA